UGACAUCAAUGAUAUAACAGUCAGCUGACUGCUAGCUCUGCAUUGCAGCACCAGAGAAGCGAGCGAGUGCGUAUACCCUGUAUCUAAAAAGAACGAAGACUGCUGUAAAGCUACGAAACAGUGGAGCCAUGAUCCUUCUCACACUUCUUUUAGUUUCCACAGCUGUGGCGUCCCCCCUGUUGGGCAAGGAGCAGUGUGCCCACGGACCCCCUUACUGGUGCCAAAACAUAAAGACCGCUUCGACGUGCGGUGCCGUCGAUCACUGCCAGCAGAACGUCUGGAACAAGCCUCAGGUGAAAUCUGUGCCAUGUGACCUGUGCAAGGAGGUGCUGACUGUGGUGGACCAGCUGCUGAAGGACAAUGCCACUGAGGCUGAGAUUCUGGGCUAUUUGGAGAAGGCCUGCCAGCUGAUCCCAGAUAAGGGUAUCGCCUCUGAGUGCAAAGACAUGGUGGACAGCUACUAUCCAGUCCUGAUGGCAAUCAUCACUGGAGAGCUGGAGGACCCCAGCGUGGUGUGUGGGGCCUUGGGGCUGUGCCAGUCCCAGCAGAAAGCCCUGGCCUUUGCCCAGCUCCUGUCCAAUGAGAUCCCUCAGGUGGACCUGGCCCAGAGCGCCUCUCCCUUCCUCCUCAACAUCCCACAGCUGCUGUACCCCCAGGUGGCCCCCGAGCCGGAGGCCCCAAAAAAGGAAGACCCCGAACAGGAGAAGGGCAACGUGUGCAAGGACUGCGUGCAGUUCAUCAACUCCGUCCAGGAACAGGCCCGGUCCAACGCCACCUUCAUCGACGGCCUCAUCGCCCAGAUCGAGAAGCAGUGCGACCUGCUGGGGCCAGGCAUCUCUGACAUGUGCAAGCAGUACGUCUCGCAGUACGCCAGUCUGGUCUUCCAGCAGCUCAUGUCCAUGAAAGCUCAGGACAUCUGCGCUGGCGCUGGAUUCUGCCCUAGUGUCCGUCACUCUGUCCCCAUGGAGACGCUGGUGGCAGCCAUGAUCGUCCCUGCAGCCAAGAUCGUCCCUGCAGAGCUGGUGCAGCCAGCAGAAGUGAAACCUGUCGAGCUCACACCUGCCAAGAAAAUGAUGCGUGUCCAAGACUCUCCCACAUGUGCGAUCUGUAAGAUGGUGAUGAAGGAGGUGGAGGCCUUGCUGCAGGAUAAGAAAACUGAGGAGGAGGUGAUCAACGCCGUGGAGAAGGUGUGCUCCCUGCUGCCCUCCAAACUCGCCGCUCAGUGCAAGGACCUGAUCGAUGCCUACGGCGAGGCCAUCAUCGACCUGCUGGUGCAGGAGGCCGACCCCAACACCGUGUGCGCCGUGCUGGGCCUGUGCUCGAGCGACGACCGCACCUUCAUCCCUGUGAUGGACCAGGUCAGGUUUGACCGCGGCGGGUUCUGCGACGUGUGCAAGAUGGCGGUGCGCUACAUCGAUGGGAUCCUGGAGGACAACGCCACCGAGGCGCAGAUCGAGGACGCCGUGAAGAAGGUCUGCAACUUCCUGCCGGAGUCCGUCCGCACGGAGUGCGAACAGCUGAUUGGAGAGUACGAGCCAGCCAUGGUGCAGCUGCUGAUCCAGAUGUUGGACCCAGAUUUUGUCUGCUCUAAAUUGGGGGCCUGUCCCGCAGCGAGACUCCUGGGGACGGAGCAGUGCAGCUGGGGGCCGGCCUUCUGGUGCAAGAACAUGGAGACAGCCUCGCGUUGCAACGCUGUGGAUCACUGCAGACGUCACGUGUGGAACUAGGAGGAAGAGGAGGACCUUAGUCUGAGGAAAUUAGGGAGAACUACUGUAGUGCUGCUUUCUUUCCUGUUUUAAAAUUUGAUCCCCCCUUUCUUUUUUUGUUUUUUAAAAAAAAAGCAAAAAUAGAUUUAAAAAUUACAAUUCAACUGUCAAUUUAACAAGCAGGGUCUAUAUUUGGGGGGGGGGGGGAGGAGAUGAAGAGCAGUGAUUGGGAGAUUUAUUUUUGUUUGUUUUUGGGGGGGGGGGUUCACUGAUUUGUUACUGCUUUUGACGCAGAGUGGUAAUGUUGUGAGGAACUGGAGAUGAAUGGGUUUUUCAGCUUGCCGUUCACUGUUCCGUGUAGGCAGGUGGGUUGUGAUGCGUUUUAAAUGCAAGUCGAGACGCAUCUCUCCUCUGAGGCCCACUUUAACGAAAGGAAAGGGUCAACUGGGCAAGAUUCGCACAGGCAGUCUCGGUGGACGCCCAAAAUAGCCCUGCCUUCCCAUCUCUGCAAAUGAAGGACCUGCUAGGCCAGCGUCUGGGAGGACAUCAGGUUAUCCAUUUUUAAUAACAUGAAGCCUGAUCUUAAUUUGCAUUAAUUUGCAGCCUCUGUUUUUUUUGUAGUAACAAGAUGAUUUGUGUUUUUUGUUUUUAAUGAGGUGUGAAACGCUGAGCAGGAUGUUGUCUGCUGGUCACUUUCCUCGCUAGCCUGUUGUGCUAAACUCUUCAUUCGUUUCUGAUUCCUAAUUAAAUGAACUCGUUAUUGUGCUCAAU